AUGGCGCCAGGCGCGAUACUAGACCCGUCUACUGGUGCCACAAAUUCCCUUUUGGCGGCUGACAAUGACAUUCUGCGAACCAUCAGACCUCACUAUCUGAUAGAAGAGCAUCCAAUUGACGAACACCAAACUGUUCGAGCCAUUGUCGUGGGUGCCGGCAUCUCUGGCAUCACCGCUGGCAUUUUACUCCCCGCAAAGGUUCCCAACCUGGAUCUCGUAGUCUACGAAAGAAACAAAGAUCUUGGAGGUGUCUGGUAUAACAACGUCUACCCAGGUGUUCGGUGCGAUGUGCCCGCCCACGCCUACCAGGCUACGUUUGCUCCAUCAACAGAUUGGACUGAGGCGUAUGCCACUGGCUCCGAGAUUCAAUCUUACUGGCAAGGCGUAGCGGAAAGGUUCGACGUGCGGAAGUACAUUCACUUCAAGCACAGCGUUUCCUCUGCGGAAUGGUCUGAGGAAAAAGCCAAAUGGGUUGUCCAGAUACAGACAGACGACGGUGUAAUUACUGACGAGGCCAACUUCCUGAUUACUGCCACGGGUCACUUCAGCGACCCAAAACUUCCACAGUAUCCUGGCAUCGACAAGUUCAAGGGGCACUUGCGGCAUACCUCCAAUUGGGAUCCCAAGUUUGAUGCAAAGGGGAAGCGGAUCGCAGUCAUUGGGAACGGCGCUUCCGGACUACAAGUACUCCCUCAAUUGCAGAAGGUGGCUACUAGCAUCGACCAUUACGCUCGCAACAAAACUUGGGUCGCAGCUCCGAUCGGCGGGGAAGACUUGGCAGACUUUGUCGUAAACAAUAUCGAAGACGCGCGAUCAGACCCCGAGAAGUAUCUCAGCUUUCGCAAAGCCCUGGAGGGGAAGCUUUUCAGUCGCUUCGGAGGUAUCUUCAAGGACGGCCCUCAGAAUGCAGCGGCUGAAAAUUAUAUCAAAGAACUUAUGAGAGCGCGGCUAGGAGCUAAUUCCGAGCUUGCUGAUGAGAUUAUACCUGAGUUUCCAGUAGGCUGUCGGCGACUGACGCCCGGACCCGGCUAUCUCGAGGCGCUGAAUGCGGAGAACGUCAACUACAUUACCGACAGAAUCUUAGAGUUCACUGAAACCGGGAUUCGGACUGUGGAUGGCGCUCUUCGUGACGUUGAUGCUGUGAUUUGCAGUACAGGUCACGACAUCACAUUCAGCACCCAGUUCCCCGUUGUCUACAAGGGACUUGACCUUCAAAAGGCUUGGAGGCCUGGCGGAGAACCGGGAUUCCCAGACACCUAUCUAGGGAUGCUUGCCCCAGAGGUUCCAAACUUCAUUACAGUACUGGGACCAAAUGCCACUGGACCAGCAGGAACGCUGUGUCAUGCGGUCGAGAACCAGCUCACAUACGUUGCCAAAAUACUUCGCAAAUUUACAACCCAAGGUUUACGGACCAUAGCUCCGUCAACAGCUGCGACCCGUGAUUUCCGAGCCUAUACUGAAGCCUUCUUUCCUCGCACUGUCAUGAGUGAGCACUGCAGCUCCUGGUACAAUGGCGGGAUCAAGGGAGGGAGGAUUCAUGGUCUCUGGCCCGGCAGUGCUGCUCAUGUUGACCUGGUUCGGAAGGAUCCGAGAUGGGAGGACUUUGAGUACACCUAUCAGAACCCCCAAGGAAACAGGUUUGGGUGGCUAGGAAAUGGCUGGACCAAGAAAGAUGUUGCGGCUGCUCAUGGCGAGACUGAUGUGGAAUUAGAUCUGACUCCUUGGUUGGAGAAGGGUGCUUUAAGUGGUGAUGUAGACCUGAGAAGCUAUCAUGAGAAAUGGUGGGUGAGCUAG